AUGAAACCGAAUCUCGCUCUGGACGUCUUUAACGGGCGCCUCCUCAACAUCGAAGAGGAGAUCAAACUCCUCAAGCACUCCAUCCAAGGCACCGCCCAAGAGUCUGAUGAGUCCAUUAAGUGCUACCUCAGCAAGAUUCAUGAGCGUAUUGUCAACCUGGAAGGCAACCUGCAUCGCCUCGAGGAUAGGAUGUUCGCCAACCUUGAUGGUGCAAUUGAUGACGAAACGGGCUUCAUCACCCUCGUCAUGGACCCGGUCGACUUCCAAGGGCUGUACGCAAUGAACCCAACUGAGAUCGCCCAAAAGCUUCGCGAAAAGGGCUCCGGCUGGAAGAUUGAAAACAUCAAGCUGAAGCCACCCAAAACAGCAGAUCAGAAACCCCAAGUCCUCAUCAAUUUCCUGACUAGGGACUCAGAGAAACACAUGCGAGACCACAUCUCGGAGAUCAGCGAGCUUUUCGGUCUUGAGCACGGUGUCUUUUGUCUUUCCCCAGUCUAUACUCUGCACGUUGAGCAUCUGGUGCCACACUUGGGCAACAACAACAACAUGGGGGAUAAAGCAUUGGAAGAAGCCCUCCUAAAGACCCUGGGAGUAAAGGAUCUCAAAGCGAAGGUAACCUACGAUCGCAUGCUCCUCAAAACCCAGUCCUUCGAUGUUGUCAGUCGACUUUGCUUAACAGGCGUGAAAAUAUUUGACCAUUACUACCAGAUUGUGUACGCCGCUGCUUUGCUACAGAUGCUGGAAGACAGGCCACUUCAAGGAGGACUGCACCGUCAGCGUCAUGGUGUGCGGGCGAUGCUCUGGUACCCACGACACGAGGGGUUGCAAGACUGGCUACCUGCGGCGCUUGCAUUGUACGAUUCUUCUUUACGCGAGAUUACGAGCGGCAGUUGGGGUCUCAUGUGA